AUGGAGCAUACUGCGCAUAUAUUUCCUAUUAUCAUCAAGGGUUCCCCACCAGUAAUGUCUUCUAAUCCCCGACGACAAUAUCGUUUAAAUCUCCGGUCAAUUAAGUGCCUCAAAGAACCCCGUGUGCGGGUAUGGCAAGCGCAGUGGCCCCUGGAGCCAGCACUAUCAGCGGCUAAAAUGCCUCGAGCAGCGCACGCCCACGCACCCCACGCUUUUGAGAUCCAAGCCUCAGUACCUGCUGGACUUCAGGGCAGUGGGUAUUUCGCGCCUUCCGUCCGCAGCGAUCUCCGUUUACCCCGCUCAUUUCUUUUCCUAAAUAAGAAAUGA